AGAGAGAGAGAGAAAGCGAGAGAGAGAAAGGGUUAGACAGAGAGAGCCAGGGAGACGGAGAAAGACAGGGGAGAGGAGACGUCGACUCCGCACCAGGGCAUCUUAAGGAUAUAUUUACAUUAACAGCAAAUAAGAAAAAAAAGACACAGCCCCAUGUAGCAGCACUGGCAGUCCAGAGUGAAAAAGGAAUUCCCAGGUGGGAUUUUGAGUCCCCGACGCAAUGUGAUGGAGAAGUCCCAACCACAUCGCCUCGGAGUUGGGAUAUGGUCAUCGGGAGCCACUGCUCAUGUGAUGGCGACACGCAAGAUGUAAAACAUGUAUUCAUCACAAAGAGGCCUGUCAAAUCAGAAGACCAUUUAAGGAAGCAAAGAAGGCACAGCUAAUGUAAUUAUAUCUGUCCUACGAUAAAGUAAACAAGGACAAAACAAGCCGCACACCAACCAAUGAGGAUUUUUCUGUACUGGAAAAUACAAAAGUGCUGGAAUAAGCUACAAACGUUAAGAGACCAAAUAUUCAACGGACAUUUACAUAUUUGAUCUCAGCCUAUCAACCUCUUUGAAACAAAGGAGGGGUCAUGACCCAGUUGCCAUGCGCAUCACCACGGUGACCAGCCUUCCUAGUCCCUCCCCCCUCCUCCUCUUAUUGGCUCAGCUGGUGUUGCGGCUUAGCUUGCCAGGCCAACAGGCGGUAGGAGCCGCUUCGACCUGUCCCAACGCCUGCAGUUGUUCCAAUCAAGCUAGUCGAGUGAUCUGUACGAGACGAAACUUGGAUGAGGUGCCCGAUCACAUAUCAAACAACACACGAUACCUCAAUCUACAGGAGAACUCAAUACAGAUCAUAAAAUCAGACACAUUCAAGCAUUUGCAGCACCUGGAGAUCCUACAGCUCUCCAAGAACCAGAUACGUCAGAUAGAGGUCGGUGCGUUCAAUGGCCUCCCAAACCUCAAUACUUUGGAACUGUUUGACAACCGCCUUACGCUGGUACCAUCACAGGCUUUCGAGUACCUCAGCAAGCUGCGGGAACUGUGGUUACGAAACAAUCCCAUUGAGACAUUACCAGCUUAUGCUUUUCAUCGCGUCACCUCACUGCGGCGUCUUGACCUAGGUGAACUUAAGAAGCUGGAUUAUAUAUCCGACGCAGCCUUUGUUGGACUCACUCACCUGCGCUACCUGAACUUAGGUAUGUGUGGCCUGAGGGACAUCCCUAACCUGACUCCCCUGGAGCGACUGGAAGAGCUGGAGUUGUCUGGAAACCGACUUGAAAUCAUCAGACCCGGAUCCUUCCAAGGCCUGGAUGCAUUGCGUAAACUCUGGCUUAUGCACUCUCAAAUGUCUGUCAUUGAGCGCAAUGCUUUUGAUGAUCUCAAGAACCUGGAGGAACUCAACCUUUCCCACAAUUCUCUGCACUCAUUGCCCCAUGACCUUUUCACACCUCUGCAGAAGCUUGAGAGGGUGCAUCUCAAUCAUAACCCAUGGGUGUGCAACUGCGAUGUUCUGUGGCUAAGUUGGUGGUUGAAAGAAACCGUGCCAAGCAACACAACCUGCUGUGCACGGUGCCACGCGCCACCCUACCUGAAGGGAAAAUACAUCGGAGAGCUGGACCAGAGCCAUUUCACGUGCUAUGCCCCUGUCAUUGUGGAGCCACCCACUGACCUUAAUGUGACCGAGGGCAUGGCUGCUGAGCUCAAGUGUCGCACUGGUACCUCUAUGACCUCUGUGAAUUGGAUCACACCAAAUGGAACCCUAAUGACCCACGGUUCUUAUCGUGUCCGGAUUUCCGUGCUCCACGAUGGCACACUGAAUUUCACCAAUGUGACCCUGCGUGACACGGGCCAGUACACCUGCAUGGUGACCAACUCAGCUGGAAACACCACUGCAACAGCCGUUUUGAAUGUGACUGCGGCAGAUGUCAGUGUCAACUACACCUACUUCACCACGGUCACCGUAGAAACAGUGGAGAGUACCGGAGAAGAAGAUUCUGCUUUGCGUGCCAUUAACGAGACCUUCAUCCAUAUCCCUGGCCCUACGCCUUCUGGGCACCUCUGGCAUGAAGUUGUCUCCACUACUGCUUCUUCUCUCUCUAUCCUUGGAUCCUCCUCCUCUCCCCGUGCCACCAAACCCACAUUCACCGUCCCUGUAUCUGAGCCUAAUUACCCUUCUGGACUAGAUGAUGUGAUGAAGACAACCAAGAUCAUCAUUGGUUGCUUUGUGGCCAUUACCUUCAUGGCUGCUGUCAUGCUGGUGGUAUUCUACAAAUUGAGAAAGCAGCACCAAUUGCACAAACACCAUGGUCCGACACGAGCUAUCGAGAUCAUUAAUGUUGAAGAUGAGAUUGGAGCAGGAGCGGGCCUUCGAGGCAGUGGAAUCUCAGGAGGAUCUACAGUACCACAAGGAGGGUCAGGCGGAGGAGGACAGAGCCUGCGACUUCAUCACCCCGAAAUCGUCAACCUCCCCAAUCUUGCACGCGUGGAGCAUCUUAACCAUUACUACAAGGCCCACCACUUCAACAAUAACAUGAUGAGUCUGGGUCUUGGUGGAGGCUCUGGUGGCCUAAAUAAUAACAAUAACCCUUCCCCCUGCUCCCAGGCCCAGACUACCCCUAUCUCUUGCACCCAGGUGCCAGUCUCUGCAGGCAGUACAUGCUCCAUGCCUUCUCCAGUGCCCCUGCCGACCCUUGGCAUCCACGGGUCACUGAAAGGCCUGAUGAGUAAAUCCCACAACCCACAGAUUGAGCCACUGCUCUUUAAGAGCGGCUCCAAAGAGAAUGUCCAAGAAACCCAGAUCUGAAGUAGAAAGAGGAUGAGAGGGUGAGCGAGAAAGCUAAAUGUACAGACAAGAUCUAAAAAAAGAAUAUCAGGGAGACCGAAGCAUUUGAAGGGAUCUGGCUAUUUAACCCCUAUAGGUAUGUUCUCAGGAGUAAUAAGGAAAGGUAGAGCCAGCAUUGUAUGAAAAAUCACCUAUACAAGAAUAAGACACAGCUGUGAAAUUACUACAAAGUAAAUGUGCUGGCAGACAGUGGGGAAGUUUUAAACAGGAAGACAGGAAACCACUCUACAGUUAGACACACACUGAUCCACAUGGAUGGUGAGGAUCAUCAAACAUCAGCAAAACACAUUUGCCAAUACAACACAAAAUCAAUACAUUAUGUGCCAAACUUUGCACCAGUCUGUGCCAAAGCAAAAUCUUUGCACAUCAGCAACACAUAGCGUAUAAACUUAUAAGUAUACAGAACUCCUCAAAGCUGCAAAAGUCGAAAUACACCAUACGCACCAUUAGGCAGGAAGUGUAUAUAGAAAUACAUAAGCAAAAGCUGACGUAUUUAUGGACACAAGUGGCUGAGAAUGAAAGAUCAUCCAUGUAAAAGGUUCAACAGUCGAGCUCAGAAAACAAAAUGGAGCAUUACAAUUUUGUCAAGGUUCACAGUCCUUCAGAAGGAAAGAUGGAUUAGUAGACCAGCACUGUGUAGAGGGCUCAUGUUUGAUGGUGAUGAACUCCAUCAGUUUAUCCCCUUUCACCAUAGCUCUCACAGCUGAGGUGAAGAGAGGAAAUGGAAAAAAAAUAUACAAGAACCUAAAGCGCAAAAGACAAUGAAAGACAUAACAAUUUUAAGAGAAUAUAUAAACUAUGAAAGUAUACAUGAUAUAUAAAUAUAUUUUCAUUCAGAGAAAUAAAUUAUGAAGAAUCUUUACAUUUUUCUGACUGAAAGCCACGGCUUUUGAAGAACCCUCGUGGGACUUAAGGGCAUCCUGAGGGGUGAACGGACAGGAAGGAUAUGAGAAUUCUCGAAAAUGUAUUUGAUUUCAAAUACUUUGGCUUUGUUUUUUAAGUCUUUAAAGGUUUCACUUUCCAAUUCUGUAACUAACAGGGUCAUUGUGGAGAGGUCAUUUUAACUGACAUUAUAAAUACACUACUGUAUGAUUCUGCUGGCCUUUGAGACCCAAAUCGGGUCAAUAUCAGUUAUCACCAUUAUCAAUGGAAUCAUACUGUAUAAACAAUAAUGAUGAUACUUUGUAAUGCAGUGUAAACGUUAAUCUCCAUGCUGCUAUACAAAAAAGUAUUUCACACACAAAAAACGGUUUGAAAUCGGAUUUCAAAGCAGAGUUACUGUAGGCAUUACAAUUAUUAUCCUCAUUAUUGAAAAAACAUCAAGUGUCAAAAGCAUAGCAGAUUGUUUUAGUCGGUUUCUUUGUUUCUACCUAGAGGUGAUGUUUGUAUUUCAUUGUGUAAAAUGUGAUUGUCGCUACAGCUGAUAAUCAUCUCCGUAAAAUCGGAAGAGCAGUGGAAUUACAGUACUGGCAAUUGUUUGAAGCACUACAGUAUGAAGCCGCAAUUACAAAAACUCCAAAAAGGAAAUGGAUGGGCCUUAAAAAUGUUCCCUCAAUGGCCUAUCUCCUCAGUUUUGUACAAGAUUAAACUUUACCAGGACCCUGCGUUUUUGCCAACGUGAUUCGACGUGACAGUUACAACGCAAACUCUGGCGAUCACUGCAGGGGUUCAAUGGAUUAUAGUGAACACUGUGUCCGGAGAUGUGGAUGGGACUACUGUUUGAACAGACAUUCGGAAAGAAAAUGGAGGACCCCGUUCGAAAGGUAAGAGAACCCCACUCAGUGAGCGAGUUUGGAAAGUUUUUUUUAAUGAAAAUGGACAAAUAAAAAUGAAAACUAUAGAAACUUAUAGAACUCUUUUAAAACAAAAACUAUUAUGAUAAUAAGUGUCUUUCAUUAUUUGUUUUUAUCUAGUUUCAUUUUGCUUUUGCUUUUUCAAAAUCAAGUGUUAUCUUAAUUGUAAUAUUGUUAUUGUUAUUAUAAUUAGCUAAUAUUACACUCGUUAUAAUUAUGAAAAAUGUUCUGUUAGCAGAAGUCACUUCGAAAUUGAAAAAAUAUAUAUAUAUGGCACACAAAACGGCAAAUGAAUUUGUGAAACUUGGUGGCAUUGAUUUGUUCUAUGUUUUUGUCUUUUCUUUUCUCAUGUAUUUUGAGGUAUUACUGUUUGUAAUUGUUGGAGCUUAUAGCUUGGAGAAAGAUCUCCAGAGGUACAGUUUGAUGCAGCUGGUGGCUGCGUCCUUCUCUGCACAGAAAGAGAUAUGAGAGAGACCAAGCUUCAGAUAUACACUUGUUCUGAGAAAGUCAUCCAUUAUCAUUGCCGAGAAGUGUGACUGUGCGUGUCAACACCCUGUUGCCACGGCAACAUGCCCAACGUGCCAAACACUGUUGAAGCCGGGGUCUGUGUCUGUCAAACCCUGUUACCCUACAAGACAUAGAAAUAACCGCAUGCAUUCACACGCUCGUGUGCCACCGCCGCGUCAAUUGUCUUUCGAGGUAUUGUCGCACCCAUGCUCUGGCAGCGUCCCAGCAGGUACGUAUGGUGAGGUUUCCCUGGCAACUGUUGCUGCUGCGACAGUCCCCAUCAAGGCAGUCAGGUCUCGGAUGCAAAUGCGAGGACAGAGGCAGUAUAGGACGCCAUUUACCAUCUCGCUUACCCUGCGCAUUGUUCUUAAAUCAGAAAUUUGCAUAUUCACGACACUUAAACCGCACCUCAGCUCUGCAUAUCAAUAAACCUCAAUAUCAAUGACAUUCAUGAACCUCGAGUAGCAUUAUGUCUAAUACACCAUUAAUCUUACAUACUGUAUGUAACACCCCUAAACUAGAUAUAAUCACAUUCUCCAUCUCAUACUAGUGAUUUGCAUAUGCUCAUUCGGUUCUCGAGUGAUUAACAUACACAUCUGUUUGUGUGUCCAUAUGGGUCUACCCGAGAAUAAUUGUAUUACAUUUAUGCCCAAGGCAUCUGCUUUCUUUCCAAAGCAACUUAUAAGAAAGUGUUGCCAAGCAGAUUGGUAGUAGGACAGGGCAAAGACUGUUAUAACAUAUCGCAUAUCUCAUCUUUCAGAUAUUUUAGAAAGCGUUUUAAUGCUUAUAAAGCAUAAAAAGAUGGGAGCCAUUCGUAGCACUGCGGUAUCUGAGUCACAAGGUUGGAAACUCAAAACACACUCGUACACGUCGAGCGGAUGAUUUUGAGCUCUCUCAUAAACAAACUUUGCAGAGAAAAACCUGCCCACCAGCUGGUUAGGACUUUAUGCAAAGAGCACCAGAAACCGUGAUGUUGCGGGUUUGGCUUAGCCAUGUGUCUGUGUGCGAGCGUAUGAAUACUACAAGUGCUCACAAAAAUGGCCAUUUCAGCUUUUGUAAGCUAAUUUGAAGACAUCCAUGUAUUUUCGAUCAAUGUUUUCAUUAAUAUCGUUUUGUUGCCCUCGUAUGUGUGCGAGUAUGUAUGUUUUUGUGUGCGUGUGUUUGAGUUCACACAUCUGUGUGUGUUUUAAUCUGUUAAGAGACAAGACUGUCACGAGAGAAGAUGAGAGUCAGGCGUCUAUUUUAAAUCCCCAGUUUAAAUCACUUUAGCAUAUUUUCCUGAGCUUCAGGCUUGUGUAUGGUCUUCUAAAUAAUUUUCUUACCCAGAAAGAAGAAAAGCCUCAGCUGGGGUUUUAUUUUGCACUGUUUUCCCUAAUACGCCAAUCAAGAAGUCGAGGGGUUCAAACUGGUUAAACUUCUCCCCUAUCAGUUCCCCUGAUAUGCUUAAUGCUCAUUAAUAUAGAUGUUUAAUAAUGUUUUGUGAUAGUUACAGUCAUGUUCUGUGUUUGACAGACUAAUUUUUCACAGUUUUUCCUUUUGAGCUUAUUCCAAUAUAUACUUCAAAGUUUUGUUUUUGGUUGUUGGCACUUUAAUCCUCGAUAUUUAGCAGCAUAUCUAAUUUGUUAUCUAUUGCUCUAUUGGGCCAUGAGGUGUCAAACUCUGAUCCACAGCAUCAAGUAUAGGAGUUCCCGAAGAUCAAAAAAACUUCCUUAAAGGGGACAUACCAUGAAAAUUUGACUUUUUCCAUGUUUAAGUGCUAUAAUUGUGAUGUCAGAAGGGGAUAAUACCACCCCCUUAAUCUGCACUUUUCAACCACGCCACUGCCAUUUAGUGCAGAGAUCAGCUCAUUUGCAUUUUAAAGGACACACCCAAAAACGUCACAUUUUUGCACACACCUACAAAGUGACAAUUUUAACUUGCUACGAUUAGUUAUCUAUAUGGUAUUUUGAGCUAAAACUUCACAUAUGUACUCUGGGGACACAAAUAAGAUUUAUUUGACAUCUUAAAAAAGUCUUGUGAAAUGUCCUCUUUAAGAAAGAAAACUCUGUAAUGGUUUGAAGAUUAGAUGGAGAGCAAACUGUGCCUUUUAUUUUUCAAGAUUUUUCUCUUUUGGGAAUCAGGGACCUCUUUUAUAAAAAUGCUAACUAACAAUAAACAAACAAUAGUUCUAAAUUUGAUCUUACGAUUAUUAGUGUGUACAUGUGAUUCAUACUGUAGAACGAAUGCACGUACAGAAAAUGUGCAUUUGUUAUAUCUAUAAAACGCAAAUGAUCAUGAAAUUGUGCGCAGCUGAACAGUUUCACAUCCCUGCUAUGUAAAUGAUGCCUAAUUAAUGUCACAGACAUAUAAAAGAGCACCUGUCGAUGUCCAAAUCCUUUACAAGAGGCAAGAAUGGCUUAUAUUUUCAAAAACAUGCAGCACUCGGACAAGCAAAAGUGUGUACGUUUGCUCAGACCCUGACGUGGCGCUAAGCACUUUUCAACGGCAACUACCGUUUUUAUAAGUAUGAACAUUACCGUGAAUUUUUGAGAACGAAUACUAUCCGAUCUAAUCUGUGCAUAUGCAUGCUUUAUAAAUGAGGCCCUAGAUCUCAAACUACAUGUGUCCCAACCUUUCGAUCAAAUUUCUCAAAAUCUUGCCUAAGACAUUAAAGUCUGCAAAAAAGGGGUUUCCAUUGUUAACUUAAAUAUUUCUAAAAAAAAUCUUUGCUGCCUUAAAUUUUUUUGUAUAAUAAACUCGAUUGAAGUCAAAUGAAGUCAUUCUAGCUUACUAUUAUUUAUCUUGAGAAGACAUGAGUUGCUACAACCUAUUUCAACUAUAUUUUAUAAGUUAUAACAACUUAUCUAGUCAAGAUAAAUAAUUGUAAGUUAAAAUGACUUGUAAAUUCGUGUUGAUUUUAAACAAAAAAAUUGAAGGCAGCAACGAAUUUUUACAGAGUAAUUAAAAACCGAAAUAUGUCAACUCUAAGUAAAAAAAAUAACUGAGGUCCAGAGUCUCCUGAGCUGUAUAAAGCCCAGGAUACACCGCACGAUAUUUGGACAUCUGUCCCAGACGAAAGAUUGCGAUCGUGAAACAAUCGUCGCGAUUUCUGUGAUUGUGGCUCUUCAUCGAUGGUCCUAUGUGGUACAGUGAGAGAGGUUCAAAGACGGCCGUUUUCCGGGUCUUGCUUCCAAAGAUAGCCUACGAUAGUUUUCUGAUAGUGUCAGAAAUAUAGCAUGAUCAACGCACAGUGUGUUUGCUGCUACGACCUGCGUACUGGUAUUUGUCUACCAUUAGCGCAUGCUGGUAUUGUUACGCUAACUUGUGACGUAGCCGUCAAAGUUCAGUGUCAUCAUCGUACAGUCUACAUGCUUGUCGUUCCAAAGUUUAACCGAUCCAUUUCACACAUCAUGAUAAGGUAAUGAUCUUAUACAGGGCCGCUGCUGCCCAAAUGGGUGCCCUAAGCGGACUUUUACGGUGGUGGCCCCUUUAGUAAAA